CUCUGCGCAUUCACCUUCGAAUCAGUCUUGGACUGUCCCUGCUUAUCGGGUAAUAAACUCUUCCUGUUCUGGUGGCGAAUCUGUUUAUUGUUCUUACUGAAAAAUAAUUUUUGGAAUAUACUGCAAUAAGCCCCGAGAGGAAAGACAGCGACGUGUCUAAAAUGAAGAGUUGCAGUGCUAUGAGGCAGCUUUCUAAAAUCAUCAUCAUGUUCUGUAUGUUGUUGCUUCCUCACACUACUGACACAAGAUUUCAGAUGUCCACUCAAGAGCAAAAUGUGAUUAAUUCUCUAAACAGAGAUGUUCUUCUGCCGUGCAUCUUCCGGACACAAGGGGACUUUGUGGAGACUGAAUUCAUUAUUGUUACUUGGAGUCAUAAUAACAAGGAAAUAGCGAGAUACAAAGCUGGAGAUGUUCUGAACACAAGCAAGGCUCCUCUGUUUGAAAGAGAGCUGCAGAAAGGAAACGCUUCCCUUCUUCUGAAGAAUUUAGAAGUUCAAGAUAAAGGAGAAUAUAUUUGUCAUGUUGUUGAUGCCCCAGACGAAGGCCAGAUCAAAGUCAGGCUUGAAGAGUUGCCGAAGGUGACAGUCAUUCCGGACACUUUGGUGAGAGACAAAGAUCAGAUAAUUUCCUGCAUAAUAGAUGGACAUUUUUCAGAGGACAUUAGCAUUACUUGGAAGAAGAAUGGGGUGCCUCUCAGAAAAACUGCAAAGAAAGACGACGGUACAUUCAUAACAACAGAAUCCCUCAUGCUGAACCCUGUAGACGAGAAUGAUGAGUUCACAUGUGAAGUGAAAGUGAUGAAUGAAACAAUCAGCACAACCAAGAAAUUGAAACUUACAGGUAAGAAUACAAUUCUGAAUAUCUUACCCUAG